CUAUUCCAUAAGAUCAAUGUACAUGUACAUGAGAUUGACAUUUAGGGGUGUUAAUAAUAAAAGAAUGAAAAAACUCUGGAAAAGUAAGCUACCAAAUAAAAUUAAAGUUUUUUUUUGUGGUUGGCUACACAAGAUAAGCUUUAAACUGGGGUCAAUUUAGGCAAAAGAAACUGUAAGGAGAACACAAAUUGUUGUCUUUGUGUGGUUCGAGAAACAACUGACCAUAUUUUCCUUCAGUGUCAUUUAGCUCGUAUGAUCUGGUUUUGUUUUAAAGAAGCACUUGGUUUGGGAUAAGGUUUCAACUCUGCACGAGGUCUUUGAGCAAUGGAUCCCUUUGGGUGACACUAAUUACCAUAUAUUCUUUUCAUUCUUGCAACUGUGAUGUUAGGAGGUUGACGACCAGCUCAUCAGCUCCUCUAUAACUAGGAAGGGAAGGGAAGGGAAGGAGGCGCCCAGUCCUCUCGUCUUCCUCUUGGGCUCGAUAGAUUUUUCCCUCCUAUGCCUGUCGACGAUACAAAACAGAUUGAUAUGCGCUCGAUCACGUGGAGAGGAGAGCUGUAGCCUGCCGGCAAAUGUACAGGUGGGACGGUGGAAGAUCGCCGGCCUAACUAACGUCCAACCCCAGCUAAGCUUAGCUAGUUGAGGAGCUGAGUACUCCUUCCAUCUAGUAAGAGGUGGGUAGAGGCAGCAGAGCAGGUUGGAGUGAGAGGGAGGAUUCACGGGCAGCCAAGAGGGAAAGGAAGGCGCCAAACAAGGAAGCAGCACCCGUGCUGUCUGCCCUGUCGUGCGAGAGCGAGCGAGCUCACGGGUCACCCCCAGCCAAGACAGAUGAUGACACAUUACAGCGAGGAGUAGCACGGGCUCGUACGUACCAUACCAUUGUCCUCACCUCAGCUCAGCUCCUUCCACGGGGAUCCAGACCCAGAGCCACACGCUCACUCUCCAAGCUCACCCGCCAUUGCUAGCUUCUCAAGCUGAGACGCACGCAUACACCGAGCGCGAUCGAGCCAUGUCACGCCCAAUUUAAGUAAGGCAGCCACCGCCAUUGCUAGCUCAUCAUCAGCGCCGGCCAAUUAAGGAGCUGAGGAAGACAACCCACCGUACCGUCAUCAUCCGCAGCAGCAAUGCCCAAGAAUUCCUGCGCCGGCGGCUGCGAGAUCCAAGCCAGCGGCAUCAACUACCGCAUCGCCGUCUCCACCCGACCACACCCUCCUCUCAAGGUCUGGAGCCGGUCAGACGACGACGUCCAUGUCCAAGACCACCAGGACCACCACCACCACAGCGUCCGUCAUGUGCUCAGGGACGUCUCCUGCCGCGCGCGCCCCGGGGAGCUGUUCGCCAUCGUCGGCCCCAGCGGCGCCGGCAAGUCCACCCUGCUCGAGAUCCUCGCUGGCCGCCUCUCCCCGUCCCCGCAGCCCGACCUCCUCCUCCUCCUCGACGGCGCCGCCGCCCACAGCGCCGACCUCCGCCGCGUCUCCGGCUACGUCACCCAGCAGGACGUGCUCUUCCCGCUGCUCACCGUGCGCGAGACGCUGCUCUUCAGCGCGCGCCUCCGCCUAGGCGCCGCGCGCCUGCCCGCCAAGGACAUGGAUGCCCGCGCCGACGCGCUCCUCGACGACCUCACCCUGCGCCGCGUCGCUGCCACCAGGAUCAAGGACCUCUCCGGCGGAGAGCGGAGGCGCGUCUCCAUCGGCGUCGAGGCCGUGCAUGACCCGCCCGUGCUCAUCCUCGACGAGCCCACCUCCGGCCUCGACAGCGCCUCCGCGCUCCAGAUCGUCGGCGCGCUCCGCGCCAUGGCCGAGACGCGCGGACGCACCGUGCUGCUCAGCAUCCACCAGCCGGGAGCGCGCAUCGUCAAGAUGUUCGACUCCGUCCUCCUGCUAGCCGCCGGCUCCGUCCUCCACCAGGGCACCGUCGACCAGCUCCGCGCCCUGCUCGGGGACGCGGGCCUCCACCUGCCCCCGCACGUGGACGCCGUCGAGUUCGCCAUCGACUCCGUGGACGCGCUCCGCCUCCACCACCGCCACGCCGGUCUGCAGGCGCCGCCUCCCCAGCCCCAGCCCCAGCCGUCGGGCCGCUGCACGCUGCAGCAUCUGUUCCAGCUGCACAGCAAGCAGGUGGCCGACGAGGACACCGCCGCCGUCGUCCCCAUGGUGGCCAGCGCGGCCACGGGCAGCAGCCGGUACGCCAACUCGCGGGCGCGCGAGGUGGCGGUGCUGUCGCAGCGCUUCUUCAAGAACGUGGCGCGGACGCGGCAGCUCUUCGCAUGCCGCACCGUGUGCAUGCUGGUGGCGGGGCUUGCGCUGGGCUCCAUCUUCUACGACCUCGGCGAGGACAAGGUGGCGGAGCGCGUGGGCCUCUUCGCCUUCCUGCUCACCUUCCUCCUGUCAUCCACCACGGAGGCGCUGCCCAUCUUCCUGCAGGAGCGCGACAUCCUGGCCAAGGAGACGUCGUCGGGUGCGUACCGGGUGUCGUCGUACGCGUUGGCCAACGCGGUGGUGUUCCUGCCCUUCCAGCUCGCUCUGGCCGUCGUGUUCGCGGCGCCGGUGUACUGGCUGGCGGGUCUCCGUCGCACGGCGGCGGCGUUCAGCUACUUCCUGCUGGUGAUAUGGCUGAUCCUGUACACGGCGAACUCGGUCGUGGUGUGCUUCGCGGCGGCGGCGCCGGACUUCGUGGUGGGGAACGCGGCGAUCCAGGGGGUGAUGGGCUCCUUCUUCCUCUUCUCGGGCUACUUCAUCGCGCGGUCGGCGAUGCCGGCGUGCUGGGUGUUCAUGCACUACCUGUCGCUGUUCAAGUGGCCGUUCGAGGCGCUGCUGGUGAACGAGUUCGCCGGCGGCGGGAGGUGCGUGGUGCGGGCGCUGGGCGAGUGCGUGGCGACUGGGGACGAGGUGCUGCGGCGCGAGGGGCUCGGGGAAGAGUGCAGGUGGCGCAACGUCGGCGUCAUGGUGGCCUUCAUGGCGGCCUACAGGGUGUUGGGCUACGUCGUGCUGAGGGUGAGGUGCAGCCUCGCGCUCAACAAGGGGGCCGUGGCCGCCGGACCACCCGGCCUCGGCCUCAGCCGCCGCCUGAGAAGCCAGCUAGCCAUCAUAGGCGCCGCUGCGUGGCCCUCGCCGUCUUCGUCGUCUUCUUCCACCCCGCCGCCAUGACUGUGACUCGCCCACCACCUCGCUCCCAGUUAUUAAAUGGCAUAAUAAUUUGCCAAGCAAAUCCACUAGUGUGCUUACUUGUUUUAGCUGCCCGGUUUUCCCACGAGCAUCCAUCCUUUUGCUUGGUGAUUCCUACGGAGGAGUACAUAUAUCUAUUGUAUGUAUUAUAUACUUUUUGAGUAGUAGUAACAAUAUACGGAGUACGUCCUGAAAUUUGGCUUA